AUGGAGCCAAACCUUAUAACUAACAAUUAUUUUACAAGUUACGAAGAUUUAGAGAUUCACAGAUUAAUGUUGGAAGAUGACCCACGCACAUCUACAUACCGCAAAGUGAUACUUAACAAUAAGGCCUAUUUCAAAGAUAAAAUAGUCAUGGAUAUAGGAUGUGGAACUGGCAUCUUGUCUAUAUUCUGCGCUCAAGCUGGUGCAAAAAAAGUAUAUGCAGUUGAAGCUAGUAAUUUGGCUAACUUAGCAAGAGAAAUUGUAAAAGAAAAUAAAUUUGAAGAAAUUAUUGAGGUAAUUCAUUGUAAAGUUGAAGAUGUAGUAUUACCAGAUAACAUUAAGGUAGAUGCUAUAGUAUCAGAGUGGAUGGGAUUCUAUUUGCUUCAUGAAGGAAUGCUUGAUUCUGUGGUAGUAGCCAGGGACAAGUUUCUGAAAGAAGAUGGGGAAAUGUUUCCACAAAAUGCAGUUAUUUAUGUAGCACCAUGUAGUGUACCAUCAUUAUAUGAAAAAUGGGACAAUUUUUAUGGGGUGUCCAUGUCAUCAUUUUCAAAGCAUUUACGGUCAGAUAAAAGCCACAAGCCAGAAGUCAUGCAUAUUAAAAGUGAAGACUUAUUAGGAGAGGAAGUUGCUCUGAAUUGGAUAAAUUUAAGAGAUUGCACUGUUGAGGAAUUGAACUCUUAUUCUGUGCAACAUGUUGUAGGAGCGAAUAAAAGUGGCCGUUACCAAGGACUAUGUAUUUGGUUUGAAUGCAUAUUUCCUGAACUGACAACUGAACAACUGACAGUGCUAAAUACGGGGCCAGCGGGUGAACCAACACAUUGGAAACAAACUGUUAUUUUGUUGCCUGAAGAACAAGUAGUAGAAGAAAAAGAACCAAUUGCCUUUAAAUUAGAUAUGAAUAGAGAUGGAGAGAAUUCCAGAAGGUACAAUCUACAGUUAAGUUUAUUGGACCCUGAGGAAAUUGAACAUCCAAUGCCAUGUACAUGUGAUAUGACAAAAUGCAUACUCAUCAGUGCUGUGAUGAAGCAGCAAAUGGAACAUGCUGCACUAAAUAAUUGUGUACUAGAAGAGGAACCUAUUGAUGAUGAAUAA